AUGAGCAGAAUCUCCACAUGGAACACGUUCUUCCUGGUUACUGAGUUCUUUGUUAGCUUUUUUGGAACUCUUUCCAACGGUUUAGUAAUUUUUACAGUACUUAGAAAUACCCAUCGCCUAGCAUCACCAAGCUAUCUCAUAUUCAGUAUCGCUGUUAGCGAUAUCCUCUCAUGCUUAAUAGCAGUUCCAUUUUCAAUCGCCGGCCACUUCUUGAAGGAAUGGCCGUUUGGAAUGGCCGGUUGUCGAGCUCAUGCCUUCAUGAUAUUUCUUCUUGCUCUGGUCUCUAUCACUCACUUAACAGCCAUCUCUGUGGAGAAGUACCUCACCAUUACCAAGUCGUUAUUGAAGGAAUCUUAUUGGGAUACUAAGCAAGUGAUACUGGUAAUAUGCGCAUCUUGGGUGUACUCUUUUGGCUUCAGCGUAGCCCCCCUUCUCGGAUGGUCUAGUUACGGCAUGGAAGGAACCAACGCAACCUGUUCAAUCAAAUGGGAAUCUUCGGCUCCAGAAGACAAGGCAUACCUCGGAAUCAUGUUCGUUGCUUGUUAUUUUCUGCCCAUCGUUGUUAUUGCGUUUUGCUAUCAGAAGAUACAUAAAGUUUCCAAACAUGUCGUCAACGCCACUUCUCAGAUGGGUGAUUACGCGAUAACAAUGACAAAGGCUCUCCUAAAGAAACACCGAAAAUCUGCUAUGUAUUUUACCGCGGUGAUAGCAGCCUAUCUUCUUUCGUGGACUCCUUACGCUAUUGCAUCCUUAAUUAUAGUUUCUGGUCAAAAGGUACAUCCCAUAGUUUUGAGUGCAUGUUCUGUGUUUGCAAAAACGUCGUUUUUCCUCAACCCCUUCAUGUACGUCAUAUUUUCUCGCAGAUUUCGACGUAUCAUGAAUCAGUCGAUUCCAACAGCUAAGCGAAAUCGACUGAUUAGACCAGCCCUUACCCGUAUGCACUCAGAGACAGCCUCAGUGCUUUGA